ACGGCCAAUUAGAGUUGACCAUUAGCGUAUGAAAUCUCGAGCCGCUUCUCAAAAAGCAUGAACCUACUUAGCUUCUUGUCGAAGAAAUAUCCGCAAAGCAUUCACAAUAGAGAAUCCACUAUAAAUAAAGCGCAACGAUUCCUAAAAACCGAGGGAAUCACGAACAAAUAGAAAGAACAAAUGUUGAAAAACUCCAUCAGUAUUGCUCUGCUACUACUGCUUGAAGUUCUACUAGCGAUUGCGAUACACACAAGCGCUGAUAAAUCCUUCGACGUCCGUCAACAUCUGUCAACUGUUUCGAGAUACGAUAUUGUGAAGGAUAUAUCUGACAAUUCCUUUGUACCUUCCCAAAUUCCAGAUCAAUGUACUCCGAUUCAUUUGAAUCUUGUGGCACGGCAUGGCACUCGUGCUCCGACCAAGAAGAGGAUAAGGGAGUUAGAAGCCUUGGCUGGUCGACUGGAAGUCCUUGUACGUGAUGCUAAGGAACAGAAGCAGUCUUUGGAUAAAAUUCCUGCUUGGUUAACAGGAUGGAGCUCUCCUUGGAAGGGAAAGCAUACGGGUGGAGAGUUGAUCCGUGAGGGCGAAGAAGAGUUAUAUCAGCUUGGUAUCAGAGUCCGAGAACAGUUUCCAGACCUGUUUAGUGAUGAAUACCACCCUGAUAUAUAUUCAAUCAAGGCUACCCAGGUUCCUCGGGCAUCAGCUAGCGCUGUGGCAUUUGGAAUGGGGCUGUUUAGUGGAAAAGGGAAGCUUGGGCCCGGGGCUCAUCGAGCUUUUGCUGUUACCAGUGAAAGCCGUGCAAGUGAUAUAGUUCUGAGAUUUCAUGAUUGUUGUCAAAACUACAAGGAUUUUAGGAAAAGUCAGAAGCCAACUGUAGAGAAGCUCAAAGAACCUAUAUUAGAUGAAAUUACUCAUGAACUAGUGAGGCAAUAUGGGCUUAAUUUUACUAAACAAGAUGUAUCUUCUUUAUGGUUUCUCUGCAAACAGGAAGCUUCCCUGUUGAACAUCACCAAUCAAGCUUGUAGUAUAUUCAGGCCAUCUGAGGUUUCUUUGUUGGAAUGGGCCGAUGAUUUGGAGUCGUUCAUACUGAAGGGCUAUGGUAAUUCACUAAAUUACCGAAUGGGAGUCCCGCUACUUGAGGAUGUAAUUCAAUCCAUGGAACAGGCAAUCAAGGCUAAAGAAGAAGGAUAUGCUUCCGGGAGCUAUGAAAAGGCAAGACUACGUUUUGCUCAUGCAGAAACUCUACUUCCUUUUUCAUGCUUGCUUGGGCUCUUUCUUGAAGAAUCUGAAUUUGAACUAAUACAAAGAGAGGAGACGUUGCAAUUCCCUCCUAAGCCUCCUGCAAAGAGAAACUGGCGGGGAAGUAUUGUGACACCUUUUGCUGGAAAUAACAUGCUAGUCCUGUACAACUGCGUGUCAAAUAACUCAAGCAAGUACUUUGUGAAAGUGCUGCACAAUGAACGUCCCAUUCCUAUUCCAGGUUGCAAUGGCUCAGAUUCCUGCCCAUUUGAAGUAUUUAAGGAAAGAAUUGUUGCUCCUCACUUGAAACAUGACUACAACGCGCUUUGCAACGUAAACUUGGAACAAAAAGAGAAGAAUUCUGCCCCCAGCAAGUUAUCACAAAUGUUUAGUUGGUUUUUCUCCCUAAGAAAUGUUGUUACACCCGCUCAGAAUGUCGAGCUGUAACAACUAUUACGCCUCAAUUUCAAGCAUUGGGGAACUUUGAUCUGUGUGUUUUAUAAGCUGAUUCAACCAGUGGCUAGCAUGUGCCUUGGUGUGGUACAAUUUCCAAGGUAACUGUCUUGUAUAAUCAAGUUUUUUGGUGACUGGUCUAACCAUAGGGUAGCCAAAAUGGAAUGUAUUCAAUUACAUAGUUUAUAGUAGUAGUUUUCACUUCCAAAAAUGUAAUGCUCCAUUCUUGUAGGUCCUUUGAUUUCCCUUCAUCCUCCGAAGAUUGAAUUACUUUGUGGAUGUAUAGAACAAAAACAGUUUGCUGAAGUCCUAAUAUGGCAAGUUUUAGAUACACAAUUGAUCUGAAAA